CCCGCCGAAGUCUCAGUAAUUAUCGCUCACGUUUGCGCUGUGACGGUCGGUUGGCGCAACAUCAUUUGUUAUAGUGUAAAAUAUUUUGAUUUAAGUAUUCAUUAAUAUAUAUUUAUUAGUGUUUUUUGUGAAUUUUACACAAAUUGAUCGUAGGCACCACAAUCGCCCGGAAUCAACCUUACUAACAUUCAAUUUUCACAAUCACUGUUUUUCAAGAUCCUUCCAAGUUUACCAAAGACCUGGUCUUUGAAAACAAAGGAAAUGCUGAAAUCUAAAAGAGGUCAUGGCGUUUGUAAUCACUUUUAGGUACAGUCUCUGAAAUAGCCUCAAUUAUGCCGUGCCUCAAAUUCAUUAAGGAAGUUACUUUCUUCACAUCAUUGCUCUUAAGUCUUCAGUGUACACUUCAAGCACCACAAAAUGACGUGUUGACAUCCGGCCGCGGUGAGCGCUGUUUCACACCGAGCAAUGAAGUGGGGACCUGUGUGCGGUUGGAGGACUGUCAGUCCCUCCUGGCCCUCGGUCAGAAGCCGGCCCAAUCGCGAGCAACGUACUACCUCGAGAAAUCCACCUGCAAGACUGAUAACCUGAAGUGCUGCCCAAACCGGGAUUUGAAAAAUCCAUCCCGUCCCACCUCCAGCACCCAAAAUUCAGCCCCCAUAGAUUUUCCCACGAAUGCACCGAAUUCAACCGAAUUCGUUACUCCGGUUUGGCCGCCAACAUCGGGUUCCAGACCGUCGACGACAAGCUCCAGACCGACGACUGAAUCCAGACGGCCGACCUCUUCAUCCAGACCAACGACUACUAGAGCGACAUGGACUACGUCAACAACCGCAGAGUCCAGGCGAACAACGACCGCGUCUGGUUCAACGACAGAUGAGUUUCGGCCGACAACAAGAGGGUCUCAAUCAACAACCACUAUGCGGUCGAAGACGACCUCGGGGCCGAAUAAGUCGCAAAACUUGACAAGAAUCAACGAGAGAAUGAAACUGUUGCCGUCUGAUUGCGGGAAGAGAGAAGUGUCUCCGCUUCAAAGAAAAGUCGUGGGAGGUGAACCUGCUGUUUUAGGCGAAUAUCCAUGGAUUGUGGCACUGGGAUUCCGGAAUCAAUUUAUUGCGGAUGCUGUCCCGAAGUGGAGUUGUGCGGGCACUUUGAUUACUGACAGACACGUUGUAACUGCUGCUCACUGCGCCAGAAAUGGUAGAAACAUGAUCAUGUUUGUAGCGAGGGUUGGCGAGUUAAAUCUUGAUGAAAAUGUACAAGAUGGUGCGUCGCCAGAGGACAUACCGAUCAAAAAAGUGAUCGUCCAUCCGAGCUAUGAUCGAGGAUUAAUAGUUUCAUCUUAUGCAAAUGAUAUUGCUAUGGCCGUUCUGGAGAGAAGCGUGUCAUUCUCCAGAAAUGUUGGACCGAUUUGUUUACCCGUUUUGCAAGAAAAUAGGAAUCGCCUCUUUGAGGGCCAGCUGUCACAAAUCGCUGGCUGGGGAUCAAAAGAAUUCCGUGGACCAGCUACUCUGGAGCUCUUGCGCGCUCAGCUGCCUGUGGUUUCUACAGCUCAGUGUAAAACAGCAUAUGCGGAAGAAAGGAGCGCUGUUAUUGACGAACGGGUGAUUUGUGCGGGUAUAGACACCGGCGCAAUCGACACUUGUCAGGGUGACAGCGGUGGACCUCUGAUGACAGAGUUGAAUGAUACAUUCAAUUUGAUCGGCGUCGUUUCUUUUGGAAUUGGCUGUGGAAAAGCGAACACCCCUGGCGUAUAUACGAGGACAACAGCGUUUCUCGAUUGGAUCUUAGACGUAAUAGAAAAUCAGUCGACGCGGUAGCCAAGACUGUGAAACAAUGAGUCUUUGAGCAGUUUGAACCUAAAGAACCUCUGGGGAAUUGGAUUUUGUAAAUCCACAGGAAGAAAAUAACACCAACCGUUCGUUCGCCGAUUGAAGACAAAAAUGAGUCAAUUUCUCCAUCAUCGUUACUAUAAGGACGUAUCUAUUCAGAAACUAGUUGCGAACCCUCACGAUUUUAUCGUGUGUUUUUUUGUUGGCACCAUGUGCUUCGAUCACUAUCUAAUAAAAUACAUUGUCCACCCAGAUAUUAUGUGUAAGCAUUUGGAGAUCAAAUGUUUAGCGCUAAAAGAUCCGCUAUUGUAUUGCAAUGUAAAAAAGAAUAUAAUGAAAUACAUAAAAAAUGAAAAAUCAGGUGAAUACAGUUA